GCAGGCUGCCGGCGCGCGGCGGGAGCGCUUCAGGCCGCGCGAUGGGUGCCGAGGCCUCCGGGAGCGGGCGGGCGCUGCGGGAGCUGGUGCGCGAGGCCGAGAUCAGCCUGCUCGAGUGCAAGGUGUGCUUUGAGCGGUUCGGCCACCGCCAGCAGCGGCGCCCGCGCAACCUGCCCUGCGGCCACGUGGUCUGCCUGGCCUGCGUGGCCGCCCUGGCGCACCCGCGGACGCUGGCCCUCGAGUGCCCCUUCUGCCGGCGAGCCUGCAGGGGCUGCGACACCAGCGACUGCCUGCCGGUGCUGCACCUCCUGGAGCUCCUGGGCUCCGCGCUGCGCCCGGCCCCAGCCGCCCCCCGCGCCGCCCCCUCCGCCCCCGGGAUCCUCACCUGCCACCACGCCUUCGGAGGCUGGGGGACCCUGGUCAACCCCACUGGGCUGGCGCUGUGUCCAAAGACGGGGCGAGUCGUGGUGGUGCACGACGGCAGGAGGCGUGUCAAGAUCUUUGACGCUGGGGGAGGAUGUGCCCAUCAGUUUGGAGAGAAGGGGGACGCUGCUCAGGACAUUAGGUACCCACUUGACGUCACCGUCACCAACGACUGCCAUGUGGUUGUCACCGACGCCGGCGACCGCUCCAUCAAAGUGUUUGACUUCUUUGGCCAGAUCAAGCUUGUCAUCGGAGGCCAGUUCUCCUUGCCUUGGGGUGUGGAGACCACCCCUCAGAAUGGGGUCAUGGUAACUGAUGCGGAGGCGGGGUCCCUGCACCUCCUGGAAGUCGACUUUCCAGAAGGAGUCCUCCGGAGAACUGAACGGUUGCAAACUCACCUGUGCUAUCCCCGGGGGGUGGCGGUGUCCUGGCUCACCGGGGCCAUUGCGAUCCUAGAGCACCCCCUGGCUGUGGGGACCGGGGCCUGCAGCACCACGGUGAAGGUGUUCAGCGCAAGUAUGCAGCUCAUCGGCCAGGUGGAUGCCUUUGGGCUGAGCCUCUUUUUCCCCUCCAAAAUAACCGCCUCCGCUGUGACCUUUGAUCACCAGGGGAACGUGAUUGUUGCCGAUACUUCUAGUCAGGCUGUCCUAUGCUUAGGAAAACCUGAGGAGUUUCCAGUACUGAAGCCCAUCAUCACCCACGGUCUUUCCCAUCCUGUGGCACUGACCUUCACCAAGGAAAAUUCUCUUCUUGUGCUGGACAGUGCAGCCCAUUCUGUAAAAGUCUAUAAGGUUGACUGGGGGUGAUGGUGGGAGUCUUGGGGCCUGGCAUCAGAAGCCCUGGAGCUGCCACUGCUGAAUUGUUGAACCCUGGAUAAAUUACUUAAUCUCAUCUGUUCAACAGAGAUAAUUAUAAGUGCCUGGUAGACUUACAAAGGUUGGGACAAUUGUUAAAGAAUAAUAAUUAAAUCUACGAUUUAUGGAUUAUGUACUCCCUGUGCUAAGAAAUUUGCUAAUAUUAGCUCCUUUAAUCCUUAUAAUUACCCAAUUUCUAUUAUGAAUCCCAUUUUAGAGAUGAGAAAACUGAGACCCAGAGAGCUUAAGUGAUUUACACAAGGUCACAUUUACUUACUAUGACAGUCACAAAUGGAACUCAGUUCUGACUCCAAAACCCCUUGCUCUUAAAUAAGAUAACAGAUGUGGAAAAAUAUAUGUGGGAGUAUAUUGUUGCUAUGUGUACUCUAUUUACAGGUAGCUAUUUAGUUAGAUGCACAGAGAAAGGAGACUUUAUUAUAGAGUUCAAGAGAAAAAGGAUUUUGUGGUGGACAUCAGUUUAGUUCAACUUGCAGUUCCUUUGGUGGCUCAUUAGAUGGAGUUACUGUGGAUCCUGAGUUACUUGAAUAAGAAAAACAAUUGAAAUUGCUUAUUCAAAAGGUCAACCCGUCUCUUAGUACCUGUAUCUCCUCCGCUGUAGGUACUCAGGAAAUACUACUUGGUUGGUUGAGAAAGGCUUGUGUUGACGUAAGUUCUAAACUCCUGCGGAAUGCUCUACCCCUAUACUCUGUGUUAGAGGGCUGGAUGAUAUUUCUGUUCAUGUUAAUAAAGAGAGAAGUCACCACAAUCAGUUCAUGGCAGAAAUGAUUUUGCCUGCCAUUUUAUGAUCAGUGGUAACCUGAAGCACUUUUGUGAUGGGGUUUUUCUCUGUCCAGUUUAAAUCUGUCCCAUGUGUUGCAAACACUGUGUACUCAAUAAACAAUUCCCUUGAUCCUGAGUCAGCAUUUAGCCACUGGUAAACAGUUAAAUACUUCUUGAAUUGAAGUAUAGCCUUGACCAAGGUAAUGCCUGCUUCAAUGUUGCAAUUGAUUAAGUGAAUAGGUGGAAAUUCCGGGUGAAGUG